AUGCAAGAGAGAAGAGCUGCCCAUAUGGCUCAUUCCCACUAUCCACCACAUCCAUCCUCGCAGGGUAAUCCUCCUCCAGGUAUGAUGCAAGGUCCUCCACCACAAAUGUCCCAUGGUCCUCCACCACCAGGUGGAUCUUCUCAUGGUCCUCCACCAAGUAUGAUCAAUCCUCCACCAUCUGUGGUUCAUGGUCAUGGUCCUCCACCACCCCCAACGGCUCUACUUGGACCCACCGUGAUGAUGGAUAUGAUGGAACAAAUCAAGAGUAGUUACGUAGCAAUGGAACAAGAAUACAACAUGUGUAAGAUGCACCGGGAUGAACUGGAGAGAAAGUUGGACGCUCAAAUUUCUGAAUUCCAACUGAUGCACUCUGCCAUCAUUGAGUUGGAAAAUGCUUUUACUAACGCUAAACAACACUAUGAAGAUCGAAUUCAACAAAUGCAAUCAACCAUUGAACAACUCAGACAACAGCUCUCACAACAAAUGUCAGGACAACAAGAGGGUGGUAUUCCACCAGUGAUGCCUCCCAUGUCAUCAUUGCAUCAACAGCCACCUCCAAUGGGUCCUGGAAUGGGAUCAAACAGAGGUGAUCUUCUUCCGGGAGCAGGUAAUGCGCUUCCUCCACCAUCGUCUCUUGGUAAUAAUCCUCCACAAUUACCACCUCUUCACAGCAAUCCAAUGACUAAUCAACCAAACGCACAUAAUGGCUCACCAUCACAACCAUCACUUCCUCCAAUGGUUGCCAACAACCCUCCACAAAUGUUGGGACAACAGCCUCCACCACCUAUGGGGCUCGGAGGAGGAGCAAACAAUCCACCAUUGCCACCCUAUGAUGGUAAGCAAUCGGUAGGCUCUCGCGAAAGAACAAGUCCUUUUCCUCCAAGCAACGGACCACCAUCGCUAGGUAAUCCUCCUUCUUCGACACCAACUGGAAUGAUCCCAUCUUCUGAUUUGAUGAAUUUGCACAACACACCACCAGGAAAUGGAUCAUCUCUUCCGUCCAUGUCAAAGAACGGAAUGAACAUUCAAGGUCCACCAAAUUCUUCUCAACCUAACACAAACCCAUCUCAAACGAAUGGAAUUCCAACUGAAGCAAGACAAAUACCUGUAAUUACGCCACAACAACAACCACAACAAACAACUGUUAAUUUAUUUGAUGCAAGAAAUGAGAAUGUUGUAAAGAAAGAAGGAAAUGAUUGGGUUGUAGUAUUUAAUCCUCAAGUAGCAGCAACAACAAAUUUAAACAUGAGCCUGUAUCAUAAUUUGGAUCAAGAAAGUGUUGUUUGUUGUGUCAAGUUUAGUUCCUGUGGAAGAUAUUUGGCCACUGGAAGCAACAAGCAGGCUAUUGUAUUUGAUGUCGACUCUGGAAAGAAGUUUGGAACCUUCUCAACACUCGGACCAAUCACAAACCCAACCAGACAUGCAGAAGAAGAUGAAAAUGAAGAUGGUAAAAAAUCAUCAAACCCAGAGGAGUCUGAUCAAGCCAAUGUCAUGGACGGAGCUGGCAAGGAUGACUCUUACAUUAGAAGCGUUUGCUUCUCACCUGACAACAAGUAUCUCGUUGCUGGCGCUGAUAAAACUGUAAAGAUUUGGGAUGUGGACACAAAACAAAUUUAUAGAUCUCUCGAAGGUCACGAAUUGGAUAUUUAUUCACUCGAUUUUUCACCUGACAGCAGACUUUUAGUUUCUGGAAGCGGUGACGGAAAGGCCAAGAUUUGGGACAUGGAAACUGGUGAAUGUAGACACACUUGUGGAAAUGAGGAAAUUGGUCCACGAGAAGGUGUCACUAGCGUUGCUAUUUCUCCAGAUGGUAGAACAGUUGCAACAGGCUCAUUGGAUUGUGUUGUUCGUUUGUGGGACAUGACCACUGGUGAAUUGCUAGAAUCAUUGAACGGUCAUGACGACUCGGUGUACAGCGUUGCAUUUGCUCCUGACGGUAAAAGCCUUGCUUCUGGUUCAUUGGAUAGAACCCUCAAGAUUUGGGAUGUGAAAUCAGCCCAAUGCACUGCCUCCUUAUCCGGACAUAGAGAUUUUGUUUUGAGCGUUGCCUAUUCACCAGACGGUAGAUGGUUGGUGAGUGGUUCUAAGGAUAGAAGUGUUCAAUUCUGGGAUCCAAGAAGCAACAUUUUACAUUUGAUGUUGCAAGGACACAAGAAUUCUGUCAUUAGCGUUUCUUUGAAUCCUAAGCGACCUCUUUUUGCUACAGGUAGCGGAGAUUAUCGUGCAAGAGUUUGGAAGUAUCAAGACUAA